UCUACUGGCAACUGUCUCUCGCCGGAGUCUCGACGCGCUCGCUGCUAGUCACAAGGAAAUUCACCAUGUGGCGAGCAGCCGCCUCUCGCCUCCUCCUUCACCGUCGGCCGUCUCCGGCAACCGCUACGGCGGCCUGUACUCUGCAAAACCGCCGGCUUUUAUCGGCGAAUGCAGAGUUCACCACGGGGGAGGCUCGGCGAGUGGUGCGGCUUGUUGGCGUCGAGAUGCUCAAGAGGAGUCUGCGGGACCGGUCGGAGGAGGUGAUAAGCUACGGCGAGUUCCUUGAGGAGUGCGUGGAGGCCGGCGCGGCGCGCACACACGGCCAGGCGGAGGUGCUCGCGCGGGCGAUGGAGCAGUCCGGCGUCGUGCUGUUCUUCCGGGGAAAGGUCUAUCUCCACCCCGAAAAGGUUGUCGACCUGGUUAUAAGUGCUUUGCCGCCUUUAGUCGAAGAGAGUGACAGUGACGCGAGAGAAAAAGAGUUUGAGGCACUAAAGAAAAAGAAGCAAGAGAUCGAAACGCAGGCACACAGGCAAGUCAGACGAAUCGUGUGGACAGGUUUGGGGUUCUUGCAGUUGGAACUUGGCCUCAUCGCUCGUCUCACAUACUUGGAGUUUUCGUGGGAUGUGAUGGCGCCAAUGACCUACUUCAUUGCCGGUUUUCACCUGCUUGCCGCCUACGCCUAUUUCCUCAUUACCUCAUCCGAUAUGUCGUAUCGGACCUUCAUGGAGGGGAUGUUCGACACAAGAUGGAGAAAACUCUGCGUCAGACAUGGUUUUGAUAUAGAGAAGUACAGGGAAUUGGAGAGACAAAUAAGGUGUCCCCUUGGAGGUGAACAUUCUAAAGGUUCUGCGACCAAAGGGAUCUUUGCAGAUAUCGAGUGGUGGCUGAGCGACCGCCAAAAAGACCAAGUUGACUACUCUGAUGCCUAUAACAAGUUGCUGUGGAUCAGCAAGGCCAACCCGAACCACCAGAAGGUGACUAUACUAAUGGUCUAA